AUGGGACAGACCAAGAGGGAAUCAACGGCACCCAACGAAAAACCAACAUCUCGCAAGAGGAGACGAACGAUUGCUCCCAGUGACAAUCCCCCUAUCUUUGAGAUCAAGGGAAACAGUACUAACGAUGCAAAGAAUGUUCGAGUGGUAGCUCGUAUCCGGCCACUUUCUCGAAAAGAGCAAGACCAAAAGAUGAUUCUCAAGCCAAAGGAUGCUUCCAUUGUGUUGGAUAAUGGUGAUGAUCGAAAGUUUGAUUACGAUGCCGUUUUGGGGCCAAAUUCAACACAAUGGGAUGUUUAUCAUCAAAGUGGGGCAAGAGAUGCCGUGUGUGGGGACAUUCUCCAAGGUUUCAACUGCACCAUCCUAGCAUACGGACAAACAGGAUCAGGAAAGACAUUUACCAUGGGAACUGCAUCUUCUGAUAGUUCUGAAAGUGGCAACAGUGCUGCUGUCGGAGAGAUGGAUGGUAUCAUUCCCAGGGCUGUUACCGACCUCUUUGCUGCAAUUGCGAGGGAUGCAGCGGAUACGAUCACUGUUGAAAUGUCAUUCUUGGAAAUUUAUAAUGAAGAUGCUCGGGAUUUGUUGUCUGAGGGGAACACAGAUACUAGUCCGAGCCUCUUCAUUCGUGAGGGCCAGGAUGGGGAGGUCUACGUCCAAAAUCUAACUUGGAAAACGGUAUCAUCGCAGCAAGAUGUUGCAGAACACAUGAUUCAAGCAUCUGACAGACGUGUUGUCGCAUCAACUCAUAUGAAUGCAACAUCCAGUCGAUCCCAUGCGAUCUGUACUCUUCGAAUUACCACCAAAUCAAGGGCUCCUGAUGGUUCUUGCAACGAAACAAAGUCGAAGCUCACGCUUGUCGAUUUGGCAGGAUCCGAACGUGCCAAACGAACCGGGGCCGAAGGAAGCCGAAUGAAAGAAGGAAUCAAUAUUAACAAGGGACUCUUUGUACUUGGUCAGGUGGUUUCCUGCUUGUCACAACUGGGAGAGACUGGAUCGUCAUCCCAAAACUCUCAGCAUCAUCAUAUUCCGUACAGAGACUCCAAGUUGACUCGUUUGCUACAAGACUCGCUCGGUGGAAACUCAAGAACCAUCAUGCUUGCAUGUGUGAGUCCAGCAGAUUCGAAUACUGAGGAAUCGGUCAAUACUCUUCGAUACGCUUCUCGAGCCAGAAGCAUUCAAAACUCUGCUGUGAAAAAUGUUGUCGAGGCUCCACUUUCUCCCGAAGCUGCUGCAGUGCUUCGAAAAGAAAACCAAGAUCUUCGUAAGCGCGUUAUACAACUUGAGUCGCAGUUGCGUGAGAACGGGGGCUCAACGAAGACACAUCCGGCAGCUCGAGAGAGUAAGACUUCUGAUUUUGCUUCACAAAGUCGUAUCUGCGAGCUAGAAUGCAUGGUGGACCACCUCAAGGAACAAGUCAGAUCGGCAUCAAAAGAUGUUUUGAAUGCCACUGCGAAAGCGGAUCAAUACAAGAUCAAGCACGAUGAACUUCUUUCUUUGUGCAAAAACCAAGGUUUGAAAAUCGACGACGAGGAUAAUACUGCUGACACCGAAAAGACACUCUCUUUGGUGCAUCAGCUUCGAGAGGAAGUCGAAGAAUGGAAAGCGAGGGAAGCGGAAGCAAGAAUUAAUGCCGAAGUGUCUCGAGUCACUGCGGCAUCGAUACUUUCGAGUGGUGGAGAACUGAAGAUCGAGAAUAUUGUUCUUCCAAUGGACACGGAAGACGACAACGACGAGGAACUUGAAGAGAGUGAUGACGGAGCGCAUUUGGCAUCUGAACUUUUAUGCAUCAGUGGAUCGAUCGACAAAAAGGAAGAAAUGGUAAAGAAGGCCAUGCUGGAAAAACAAUGCAUGGAAGCGAUGAAAUCUCAUUUCGAAGGUGCCCUACACCAUUUGCAAACAGAGGUUGAGACCUUGUCUGCGGAGCGAGAAGAACUGCUUUCCGUUGUCGAUUGUAUUACUGACGAUAAUGCAGCACAAUCGCAAAUGCAAAGCAGAAUUGCUGCCCUGGAGAAUCGAAUUGCCGAUCUUAAUAAGAACGCAGACGAUCACAAGAAGAGUCUUCGUCUGCGCGAGCUCGCAGAGAAGAGAGUUAGCAAGUUGGAACAAGAGAUCCAAGCAGACAAGCAAAAGAAGGCCGAACUCCAACGAAAAUUGAAGGAGGAGAGUGUCGAACGUCGAAAGGACAAGAAGUCAGCAAGGCUCGAGGCGACUCGCCUGAUGAAGGACUCGAACCGAUUGAAACUGGAGCUUCAGAAGGUGAAAUCGGCCGCGGAACGCCAGGCACAGGUCCUGAAGCGCAAGACUGCAGAACUCGUCAACAAUCACAAACGUCAGCAGCUGAAUAGUCGGAAGAGACGGAAUAGAAACUCGGAUAACAAGUCAAGUGAUCCACACAGUGAGGUCUCCGACAAGAAGCAGACCGAUAUUAUGUCUUGGUUGGAUUCUGAAGUCGAGAUGCUCCAAGAAAUAGUUCAAACCAAGAGCCAAAUCGUCGAACAAGAGAUUUUGUUGGAAUCAGUCUUGAUGGAAUGUAAUUCUGAUUCUUGUGAUAGCACCGGCUUGACCCCGAAAGACGAAGCCAACUCUCGAAAAGGGAUUCUUCGUCAACUGCGUUCUAAUCUGGAAUCAAUGGAGAAGUCUCUUGUAGAUGGGUUCAAGGAUGCAUCAACUUGGAACGAACUGGCCGAAGCAGAAGUGGCAUGGUUGGUAGGAAGAGCCAUAGAAAUGAUCGGGUAUUCGAAGAUUGAAAUGAGAGAGAAGAUUCAAAAGGCGGUAGCCUCAACAAGGGAAACCGAAAGGAAGGCAUGCAAUGAAGAAGUCAUGAGACUUCGUUUGGAGCAUUCACAAGCGACGGCCUCCCUCCUUGAUUCCACAAGGAAGGCACUCGAGAGUGAAAUGAUCCAACAACUUGGUACUUUCAAGGAUACUGCCAGCGAUACGGCUAAGAUGGAUCGCUGGUUCAAGGACUAUUUUCAGGGUGCCGAAGCUGCUACAGCUAGCAUCAGAAGUAACAUCGACGACUUUAAGACUCAACAGAAUGAAAUUCAAGAUGCUGUCAAUGAAGUAACAAAGGGCUUGCUUCCAUCUAAAAAGCAGAAGAAGAAGUCCAGUGUUACCAAGGAAUUGAUCGAUUAUGAACCAUUGGAAGAAACCUUCCUUCUGGACGAUUUCGAUGAUGGAAAUGACAGCGACUGGAGUCCAGAAGACGAGAAAGCAAGUAAGAAGGCGAAACGAGAGUCACAAGACGAGAAAGUUGAUCUUACAGCAAGCACGGAGGAGCCUGAGAUGAUACAAGCUGAGACUGCGACUGUGAAGUCACCUGAUGCGAGGGUUUCCGAGGCUGCCAACACGAGCUUUGCCGAUGCCCCUACUGCUGAUUUCUUGUCGGCAUCAUUUGAAUCGAAGGGGGACGAAUCGCUUGACACGAGCAGAGUAGAGUCGCCCGAAUCCAGUGUUGCCAGCUCACCUGAGAAGCCCACCGAAUCUCUCGAAGAUUUGAAGGUCUCAGAGCUGAAGGAACGAUUACGAACUCUUGGCCUGAAGAUGACUGGAAGAAAAGCUGAUCUGAAAGCUAGACUAGAAAGUCACCAGGCUUCUCAGGGAAUGGGUGGAGACAAAAAUCGCAAGCCGCUUCAAACACUGAAUAAUAGUUUUUCAGUUGGCAGGGGUAACGUCAACCUCAGAAACAGAAGGAACAUGAGGAAACCUUCCUUCAUGAAGGACAAUACUUCAUUUUCUGCGAAACGACGACGUGAUAUCCCACCAAGCGACGCGAAACGUAGGUUGCGGGAGGACAUGAAUAACUCUGUGACCCUUGCCCUGCAAGAACUACAAGAGCUGACCAAUUUGUAG